AUGGCGCUUUGGCUCCUAUGGUUCAUAUAUAGCUGGUGCACAGUCUUGUCUACCGCCCUGACGCUCGUCGAGGAUACGGACUCAAGCAUCCAAUACUCGAAUUCGGGACCAAGCUGGAGGUAUUGUUUCUGGCAUAAUGGUGGAGGAAGGGCUGGGGAUGGCUGGCAUGGUAUCAAUAUGUCGCAAAUGUCCAUGGUCGGUUGGCACGAAGCUUACGGAGCCGGAGCAUCAGUUUCGUUCACAUUUACUGGAACUCGGGUCAUGCUUACCGGGGGUCUGUGCAAGUACUUCUGGCCCCUCACUCUCAACAUUUUUAUCGACGAUCAACAAAUCGAUACAUUUACCUACAAUCCGCCAAUAAAUACCUCCGCAGUCAUCAGUUCGGAUUGGAACUAUGGCGUGACUAUCUAUGACGCCCAAAAUUUAACCCCAGGGCAGCAUACCUUCAAGGCAACGUCGGUCGGGGCCAAUACACUGUUUACUGUGGAUACUAUUCAGUAUGAGCCUAGUAUUGCAGGAACAUCAAGUGCCUCCAGCGUAGGCAUCCUCCAGGAGCCCUAUCUCUCUCUCCUCUGUCAAUACUCGAUGGGUACAGGCAGCAUGUCGAACACACAGUCCAUCACCUCAGGCACCCAGCUUCCUGUCCCCACGGAUGGCUUUACGUCAAUCGUGUCUCAGAUGGAUAUUCAGCCAUCGGACCCCCGAAUUAUCUAUCAUCCUCAAGAUGCAUGGACAAUGGAACAAAGCACAAAGCGUGCUCCUACUUGCUUGUCUGGAGCGAUGUAUUCGAAUACUACGGGCUCAUCUCUUACAUUCAACUUUACUGCAUCUGCAAUCCAAUUAUAUACUGUCUCGGGAUCUAGUGGAGGGAGGUUCAGAGUGACUAUAGACGGAGAGGAUAAAGGCACCUUUGACACUUAUGAUGCGGCAUCCAACUUUACGGAUUGCAGGGCGGCUCCUCUAGUGACUUUGACCGGUCUGGACAGUGCACAACAUACUGUCGUUUUGACAGUCGAAGACUCUGGCGCGAAUACAAACCGUACGAGUAUUGAAUUCGCCGGUUUCCGUGUGACCGCUGCGACUGUCAACUCCCCGGUUGGAACCAUCACUUCUUCGUCCAAGCCAAAGAUCAGUGUCAUUCUCGGAGGCGUCAUCGGUGCUAUUGCACUUGUUGUCAUCUUUAUAUUGGCCGUUCUUUUCCUCAAGAAAGGGCGCGUCAAAGAAAAGGAGAUGAAUCAGGAGCCAAUACAGCCGGAGCAGCCUGAACCGCAAUUCACUCAGCCGUUCAAUAUUCCAAACGCACUGGUCUCUGACAGUUCGGGUGCUAAUUUGCUGGUCGACAGGCCACCAGUCCCCUACAAAGGUCAAGGCAGGGUAAUGCAUGAGCCAACAACCUCGACGUAUACGCCUGGAGGGUCUGGGCAAGGAUCAUCUUAUCUAACUUCCGAGGACAUAGGAGAAACCCCAGAGUACCGCCAAGAAGGCCCAAGUCACAUUACCAGCGGGUAUCCAGAAUCAGUCUCAUCCUCGCAAGUCACUCUACCAGCUCCUGUACGAGCUCCCACUUCCUGGCAUGUUCCUGUACCGGCCUCGCAGUCAAACGACAACGACGGUGUGUCUACGCUGGAUCGACGAACAUAUUAUACAUUGCCAUCGUAUCACGAGCGUGUCAUGGAAGGAGCCGGAGGACGAGGGAGGAACCUAUCGGAAGCGGACAUCAAUGCGAUUUCGCAACGUUUGAGGGAGGUCAUGCAUCAGAGUGGUGGGCUGGACCUCGAACCUCCUCACGAGCUCAUUGACCACUUGGUAGAGGAGCAGCUAAGAGAAGAGUAG